AUCAUAAGACUAGGGUAUUUUAUCUGAGAUUUUAUUGACGGAUAUUUUAUAUAGAUAGUACAGAUAAUGAGCUGUAUGGUACCCUAGUAAAGGUCGUUAUUGUGAUACGUGGGGAGGAGGAUUUAGUGGGAGUGCUGACAUUUUUGCCUGUCAUUGAUUGAACAUCAUUGUAAGACUACUCCAUUAAGACAGUAUACACCACCAGAAUGUCUGAAGAAACCACAUCCACUCCUGAGACCUCCGUAUCAGAACCAGCAGCUGCCACAACCACCACCACUCCCACAGACAGCACACCACAACAAAAACGGGCCGUCAAAAAACCUCCUGUAGAUCCUAGGAAUGACCCGUUCCGAUUUAAAGGUGAGGGCGUGGUGUUCAAUGCCAAGCUGAUUGGAGUGAGCGAUGUCGCCGACGCCAGGGGGGACAGGAUGUGUCAGGAAACCAUUCUGGCUCAGAAAAUGGCGGUCAAGGCUGCUGGUCAACACAAGCAGAGAAUUAUAAUUAACAUUUCAGAGGAGGGGAUCAAACUCAUUGACCUAAGAACAGCUACAUUAUUGCACCAUCAUCCUGUUCAUAAGAUCUCUUUCAUUUCUCGGGAUGUGAGUGACAGACGAGCAUUUGGUUAUAUAUUUGGGACAGAGGAUAGAACUCAUAAAUUCUUUGGAAUCAAAACAGAAAAAGCGGCAGAAAAUGUGGUGUUGACCCUGAGAGACCUCUUCCAAGUGGUGUAUGAAAACAAGAAGAAAGAGAUGGAGGCUGCCAAACAACAGACAGAUGACAAACCGAAAGAAGAAAGGCCAAGCAAUGUUGUACAACUUGGUGGUGAAUUAACCACAGAGUCAUCCACAGAUGAUGAACCAGACUCAAAGGACAACUCCGGUGAGCAUGAGGUAGAUGAGCCUAUAUAUGAAGUUCCACCAAACAAUGCUCCCGUAGAAAAAGAACCCACAGAUUUGUCAGCUCUACAGACAGAGUUAGUCAGCAUUGAACAGGGAAUAAAACAGAUCGACAAGAUGGAGUCAUUAUUUGAUGAUAUUCCCUCACCCCCUGCUUCUGCCGCCACAUCUUCUGACCCCUGGGGAGCCUCAUCAACUCCGGCAGAACAAACCAAUCAGAGCAAGUCUGCCAGUUCUGACCUGGAUGAACUCAAUCUCUUCAGCAGUGAACCUGCCCCUGCUAAGAAGAAAGAUGAUAUCAUGAGUCUGUUUGGUCCAGGGGGUCAGAGUUUUGGUGGUCCUCAGCCAGGAUUUGGUGGUCCUCAACCAGGGUUUGGUGGCCCUCAACAACAGCAAGGCUUUGGUGGUUCUCAACAACCUUUUGGUGGCCCUCAACCAGGAUUUGGUGGUCCUCAGCAACAGCAAGGUUUUGGAGCCUUUGGACAGCCAGCUACACCAUUUCCACCAACCAGUCAGGCAAACCCAUUUGCUGCUCAGCAAGGGGGAGGAUUUGGUGGGGGCCUUGCUCCACCACCAGUUCCACAAAGGCAACAACCAAUGGGCACUCCAUGGGGAGGUCAACAACAGCCACAAGUAUCUCAACAGCAGAACUUCUCCUUGUUUGAUGAGCCUGUUCUAGCGCCAACCAAAGUGGAAGAUCCAUUUGCCACUCCAGUAACAAGUGCCUCUCAACCAAAGGAUGCAUUCGCUGACCUGUGUACCAUUGGAUCUACAAAAGCAAAUAAGACUCCAAAAGACUUAUUUGCAGAGCGUAAUGCUCCUCCCAAAAAAUCAAUCAAUGAAAUGAUGCAAAAGCCCACACAAAAUCCACAGCAGGCAAGUGAUCCAUUUGGCAAUGUUGAGGACUCGAGUCUUCCAGCUGCUGAAUUCUCCCCAUUCACCAGUAAAUUGUCUGACCCAUUUGAUACAUCUUUCCUCAAGUCUUCCCCCGCUUUACACAUGCAGCCCAAUAGUGCUUCUAAUGUGUCUGCUUUUAGCAAAGCUACAGAGGAACUCACUCUGAAUCAGAACGACUUUGAUAAUUCUGAUGACUUUGAUUUACCCUCUCCGCAAGGCCCUCCCCCUCCCUUACCAAAUGACCCCCCUCCUCCUGCUCCCCCACCCAGACCUAAUUCUUCUCAUACAGGACACCAGCUUCCCUCCCUACCUGUUCCUCCUCCAAGAAACUCAGAAAAUGUGCCAAAAACUGUAUCACUCUCAUCCAAUUCACAAAUCACGAACGGUAAUACUCCAGUUCCACGGCCUCGACCGCGGUCACAUGUCACAUCAUCUAUGCCGACUGCUCCCCCUUCAUCUAUGCCAACUCCACCCCCUAGAAAUAGCGUGUCCAUGCAGGAAGCACCACCAAAAGAGCAAAGCACCAAAGACUCACACUCUGACUCUUUCAGCAGCUUUACAAUUGAGGAUCCCUUCGCAACAAAUGACCCAUUUGCAGACACAGAUCCUUUCAAUUCAGAUGGAUUUGGGUCUUCUGCUUUUGACAAUUUGAAUUCUAGUGACCCAUUUUCUAGUCCAUUUAAAAAUAAUUCAGACACUAAAAAUGGAGACUUUGUAAGUGAUUCAAGAAAUGAUCCCUUCACUGUGUUUGAUAAUUCAUUUGGAGACUCCUUUAAUUGUAAAGGUGGUAAUUUAAAGAAAAACAGUCAUCGAAAAUCUAGCGGUGGUAAAAAUAUGCCUGUGUCGGACCCUAAUGAUCCCUUUGGAUUUCUGGUCGCAUCAAAACCAGUCCAGAACGGUUCUUAAAAGGGUUUUAAACUUGAUUUUGUGCAGGAGCCAGUGUACGCUACUGUUAACAAGAUAAAGUAACAAAGACAGGAAGACUCUACAAAUCAGCUGUGAUGAUGUUAUCUACGUUAUUGUGUCCUUCUAACUCUAUCUGUGCUUCACUAAAUUCAUGUCUUUAUGGGAGUUUAUGGAAUUCUUUUUCUUAUUGUUACUUUUGAAACAGAAUAUUCAAUUUCUACUGUAGUUUUUAAGUGUCUUAUCAUGUUGUUACACAAACCAAGUUAUUUUUGAGUUUCCUUCAUGUUGUUUUGCUUUCAAAAUAGCUUUGUUUUGUUAGAGAAUUAAAUUUUAUAUUUAUAUUAGUUAUUAGUUUUAAGGAGAAAAGAUGGUAUGGUAAAAAAGUUAUGUAUUUAUGCAUGUGGAAAUGAAUUCACUUUUCAAACACUAACUUAUUUAUUAAAAAAAAAAGGAAAGACUACUUUUAACAUUUUAUGACAUGUAAGUAUUUAUAACAAUAGUCAGACCUCUUAUACUUGGUAUGGAUUCGUUGUAUUCUGGAUUAUAUUGUUCGUGAUUUUUUUCUUUCCUUAUUUUUUGUAAGUCUUCCUGGACAGAUAAUCACCAAAGGGAGAUAAUGGCAGACUAUCUGCUUUAUCCCUGUCCAUUCCAUCGACACCUCUUAUGAAACACACAUAAUAACCUUAUAUAAUUGUCAUUACAAUUUUUUGAGCUCACGUAAUCCCAGAAUUUUGAAACCGGUUUUGAAACUGUGAUAAGUGUUAUCUGCACUUUUGAUGGAAAUAUUUUAGGUUGUAUUCAACUUUGAUGUCAAAUUAUCAGUAUUUUAUCAACUAUGCAUUAUGAAUUAUAUUUAUAUAGCUUUUGAUUUUUUUUUCAACAUGAGACAGCAUUUUCUUGAAAACAAUCAUAUUUUUGUCUUCCACAUCUUUGUUGUGACCACCAGAUAAAUACAACUAAUAAUACUGUAAACAAAAUACUCCUUAGUGCUGAGAAAAAUACACUUUUGUUCAAGAAUAAGUGCAAUAAAGUAGUGAAGUAGGUUAUUAAUUGAAUAUUUAUAAUUAUAUGCAUAUAUUAUUAUGGCUGUUUUAUUUGUGUGGAUUGUUACUAGGGUUUGUUAUCAAACUCUGAGAUUGAUUUCAGAUACAAACAGUGCAAUAUUGAAAUAUCUACAUAACAAAAGCACUAGUAAAAUAAAAUGUGUAAGAGAGA